CCCAGCUGGGCAUGAGCCAUUUUCCAUAUUUGCCGUCCCCUUCGCCAUGAGCGAGCUCCUGUGGGACGCGCUGCAGCGUCCUGCGGUUGUGGCGUUGGUCGGGGGCGGGGGCAAGACCACCUUGGCCCUGCGGCUUCUCGGGGAAGCAUCCGGCGUCAGCAAGGCGUUGUUCACCACCACCACGCGGAUUCGCGUGCCGCAGGUCCCAGCAGAUGUCCAGGCGCUGGUGGAGGCUUCAGAGCUCGCCGAUGCCUGCGAGCAGCUCUCCCAGGCGUUCGCCGCCGGCUGCCGGCGUGUGGGGCUCAUUUCGCGGAGGGAAGCUUCCCCCCACGGGGAGCGGGCGGUGGGUGUUCCCGCGGAGUGGAUCGAGGCGCUGCUGAAAACCGACACAGGCCCUGAGGUUUGCAUCGUGGAGGCCGAUGGCUCGCGGAUGCUUCCCUUCAAGGCCCCACGUCUUCCCUCGGAGCCGGUGCUGCCGAAGCCUUUGAGCGGCUUUUCCAUGGCGGUGGUGGCGGUGGCGGGCGUCGAUGCCUUAGGGGUGCCGCUGGAUGAGACCCACGUGUGCCGGGCAGACGUUGUGAGGGAGGUGGCCGCGGCGUGUCUCGCGGAGCCCAGCGAGCUCGGCGACGUGACGCCGGAGGUGGUGGGGACAGUGCUGGGCCGGCGGGAGCUUUGGUGCCAUGGGCUGGAGGAGGGCGAGGUGGGCGAGGUGACGUUCCACGUGGCGGUGAACAAGGUCGACUCCGACUUUCAGCUCAGCAAUGCCCAGCAGAUCGUUGCGGCCAUCCGCCGCAGAGGUGAUGGGGUGGCGUCCAUCCUCGUGACGGGCAGAGGCGGCCCGAGCGCCUCAAACGGGGAGCUGCUGCAAAGCUCAGCGGGCACCGGCGUGGACGCGGAAAGAGACUGCGAGCAUCUCAACGGCUGGCACCCCGGUGACUUUCUGCGAUUUGAGUACAUGCUCGAGGCCGGCGUGCCGGGCCGCCGGCGUGUGCAGAAGCGGCUCGCCGCGAUCCCGGUCUUCCUGCUGCUGUGCCUGGCGGCGCGCGCCGGAAGCUUCGCCUCCUCGAGGGUGCGCCCGGAGAGCCAGCUGGCGUCUGCCCACCCGCCAGAGUGGUUCCCCGAAUGGUCCUCCAGCGACUUGGUCCGAUCCGAUUGCUACUCGGCCAACGUCACAUGUGGCUUUGGCUUCGGCCGUCCGGCCAGAGGCGCGCCCUGCACCACAGCCCUUGAGACUGUCAGCGUCGGCGGCGGCGUCGGCCGCGGCGGGCCUGGCUGGACGCUGAGAGAGGUGGCGCAGCCGGUGGCCGUGCAAACCAAGGAGCCAGGGGGCCAAACGUCCACCACCACGUCCGCCGCGGCGGUGGUCCGAAAGCUCUGGAUGGAGGUGCGGCUUGGGAAGCGAGCGGAGCUCGUGACGGUGGCCGGCCCGCUGCCCAGAUGUGCUGUGGACACAUGGCUGGACACCUUUAGUUCCGAUGCGACCAUCGAGGAGAGAUGGGAGUCGGAGUCGGCAUCUGGGCAGGGCCGAAGCUUCGGGAUCCUUGCACAGAGUUCGCUCGUGGCUGGGGAAGAAUCAAGGCACAUGGUGCCGGCUCGGAGAACCCGCGGCUCGCAGUUACAUCGAGUGAAGGUGGAGGAGUUUCACUCUCUCUUGGUCUCUCUCUCAGUGGCCAACCAAUCCGAGUCGGAGUUUGUCAGCCUCUGCGCUGCUGUCCUCAGCGCGCAGACGCGCGACAGGAGUGCCAUCCGCGGGGUACAAGAGCUUGCGCGGACUUUGGGCUCCUUCAGCGAGUUUGAGUCCAAGGAGACGAAGAUUUCCAGUGCGCAGCCGCUGCCCAAGUUCAGCCCCGCGGCGCUGGCGCUGGCGCCGCCGAAGCUGGUGGAGCAAUGCCUCCAAGGGGUGAACUAUUUCAAGACCAAGGCGCGGAGACUCCAAGAGCUCGCGGCCUACCUCUUGAGGGACCACCGCGGCGCGGUGCCUCGCAGCUUCGAGGGGCUGACGGCGUUGCCGGGGGUGGGGCCCAAGAUCGCGAACCUGGUGCUGUCGGUGACCUUCAACCAUUCCCAGGCGGGGAUGGUGGUGGACACCCAUGUGCACCGCGUAGCCGGGCGCCUGGGCUGGUCCCAGGGCAAGACGCCAGAGGCCACGCGGAAAGACUUGGAGGAAUUGGUGGCGCCAGAGAUGAGGGAGCUCGUGACCAGGCGGCUCAUUGGCUUCGGCCAGGAGAUCUGCCGCCCGCAGCACCCCAGGUGCUCCCAGUGUCCCGUGGGCCUGGCGCGGAUUUGCCCGACCCAAACUGCGCCGGAAGUCUUCCGGGACCUGCGGCCGGGAGGGACGAAGCGGACCUACGUUGAGAUCGACCUGGACGACUGA